AAAUGAGGCCAGAGCGCAGCCGGUGGCGCAUUACUACGCCUCACUCCGUGGCUCGCUCACUCGCGUACACGCACGGGAACAGAUCCUGCGUUUAUACGUCAACGUUUAAAACACGAACGGCUUUCCGCCGCUGAUUUUACACGCGUUUAUCGGACGGACCUUGCUUAAGGAUGGCAGAUCAGCUGACCGAGGAACAGAUUGCUGAGUUCAAGGAGGCGUUCUCACUCUUCGACAAAGAUGGCGAUGGCACCAUCACCACCAAAGAGCUGGGCACAGUCAUGCGUUCAUUGGGUCAGAACCCCACCGAGGCAGAGCUCCAGGAUAUGAUCAACGAGGUAGAUGCUGAUGGCAACGGAACUAUAGAUUUCCCAGAGUUCCUAACCAUGAUGGCACGGAAAAUGAAGGACACGGACAGUGAAGAGGAAAUCCGAGAAGCUUUCAGAGUCUUUGACAAGGAUGGAAACGGCUACAUCAGCGCAGCCGAGCUCCGUCACGUCAUGACCAACCUGGGCGAGAAGUUAACAGACGAGGAAGUGGAUGAGAUGAUCCGAGAGGCAGAUAUCGAUGGAGACGGUCAGGUGAACUAUGAAGAGUUUGUCCAGAUGAUGACCGCAAAGUGAAGGAUUGUCAUAUCCUAUAUCUUUCUCUUACAUUGCUUGUCCUACUAAGAUCACUCUGUCUUUAAAAAGAAAAAAAAAAUAUCCAAAGUUUACUACAGAGAGCAUUUAGAAUGUCAAAUUCUGUGAUCUCUUACCAAAAACAAUUAAUCAAAUUUCAAAACCAAUUGGUGAAAAAUGCUAGCAGAAUUAAUCCCAGCAGAAGUGAAUGGACCAAGCAUAACUGCAUGAGCCCUUUUGGAGCAAACGUCUCCAGACCUGACAAAUAUUUUGAGGACAGGACGUCACUUUAGUCGCACACGAGUUGAAGUCCAUGCCUAAUAUGGCAGUGUUUAAAUGCAGAGAACAUCUCCUUUCAUGAGUGUUCUUCACAUCGCUUAAAAUAAUAAUAAAAAAAUAUAUAUAAUAAUAAUAAUAAUGAUGAUGAUGAUAAUAAUAAAUUAUAAUAAUGCUAAAACAUUGUGGUAAGUAGUCCAGGGUCACAGUGCUGCCUUCAAUACAAACUGAGCAAAAACAACUGCGUGUGACCCCCGUGGUGAAGUCAUGCUUUUGCGUAUUGCCUUCUCCUGUUAACGACUCCAAACAGAACAAAAACUGGAUGUUUAUGAAGACGUACAUAUUGUAAAAACCCGACGUCAUGCUCAUACUGUAUAAAUGCGGCGUACGACUCGAAAAGAGCGUCUAUGAGGCAUAUACUCGGAGCCAGUGGUUUCCGUCAGCUGGUUUAAACCUCGACGUUAAUGUGGGUUUUGUCUCCGAUGGCUUCAAACUUUUUGUGGGAGCGCGGAAAUGCAAAGUAUGUACAGCAGGAUGGAGAUGUGACGAGAGUAUGGCAAAUAGCAUAACUGUAAAAUAUAAUAGCUACACAGGUAAUCACAAUGCUAUCAGUGUUAUGCUUUAUAAGUGUACCGUUCUCCAAUAUUAACGUCUGGUAAAACUUUGCAUUGCCUAUUGUUAUUCUAGUUAGGUCUGUGACUUUUGUUUGAUCCACGGUCUUGAAAUGUGCCAUAAUACUCGUAAGCCUCAACUUUCUUGCAAGAGAUCUUGUAGUCAAAUAAGAAGUAUGUUAUCAAUCUAUGAAUAUACACACAAAUAUCUCUCUCUCUCUCUCUCUCUCUCUCUCUCUCUCUAUACAUAUAUAAAUAUAUUUGCACUUUGGUGUAGAUUAUACAUUGAACCACAGAAGAGAAACCUGCUGCUGCUUUACGGCUCAUUUGUCUCUUGCUCUCGUGGGUUUGUCAGAACCUCUUGUUGUCAAAUGCUCCAAAUUUCAUUCGCGCUCCGCUUGCAAGACGAGAUAAAGUGAAAACUGUCGAUUGCCGGUUAUUUUGAGGGGAGAAAAGACGGCGCAUCGAAUUAUGUUGCCAGUAAGACUAUGAAGGGCUUGCUAUUGGUCUAAUAAUUGAGUAAUUUAUUUGUUUUCUAGCUGAGAUGCAUUACUCCUCCGGGAAGAGCUUUACAUGGCGUGUCUCGCUCUGUUUCGGAAUGUUUGGACGGUUUUGCGUUGGCAGAGUUUGAAAUUGAGCGACCGGACUCGUAAUACUAAACACGCGAAACCUGUAUGGAUAAUAUGUGAAAUAUGUAUCAGUGUUUUCCAAUAAAAAAUAAAUGUAUACGUUUA